CUCUUCCUUCUCCUUUUUAUUUUUUUAUAUAAUAAACCCUUUGUCUCUUCCAUUUUUCCCUUUUUACUGGGGCUUAAAUUUUUUUUCCCCUGGGUUUGUGUUUGUGUUCGUGUUUGCUGCAAACACGAAUACGAACACAAACAACAGGAGUUAAUUAACCACAUUAGUUAUUCACCAUUAAUUGGUUUUGGUUUUAUAUCAAUUAAUGGAGGGGACUGGCAGAGGCAACGGAACCGUCUCAAUUUCUUAUGAUUCUGAGGGAAAGGUUGAAAUUUGCGUAAGAAAUGAUAGAAACGUUGGCUCUUAUGGCAUUUUUCUUGGAGAUAACCCAUUUGAUUUUGCUCUUCCUGCAACAUUGUUCCAAAUCAUUAUCGUCAUUACACUUUCUCAAUCUCUUCACUUUAUUCUCAGGCCAUUGCAAACACCCAAAUUCAUCUGCAGCGUUCUCGGUGGAAUUCUUUUGGGGCCAUCAUUUUUAGGGAGGAGUGAAAUUUACUGGAAAGCAUUAUUUCCUGCAAGACAAUCUGAUGUUUUAAUAGUGAUGUCAAUAGUUGGACCUAUAUACUUUUUGUUCUUCGUUGCAGUGAAAAUGGAUAUGUUAAUGACUGUAAGAGCCGCAAAAAGUACUUGGCUACUCGGAAUAAUACCUUAUGCGGCUUCUUUUUUGGCUAUGUCAACACUAUUAAAAUUUUUCUAUUCACCACGAAAUUUCCCGAAAGAAUUUGGUGAUUCACAUGCAUCCUUAAGUGCUACAAUGUCAUUCAGUAAUUUCCCUGUCAUGACUGAAGCUUUAUCAGAACUUAACCUCAUGGCAACUGAAUUAGGCCAGCUUGCGCUGUCUUCGUCCUCGUUCAACGACUGCAUACAAUUUGCUGUCAUAAUAGGACACCAUAUCACAGACACUGAGGGACUAAAAUUCAAAUUGUGGGCUAUGGUUAGUUGCAUAGUGUUCAUGGUUUUUUGCUUCUUCGCCAUAAAGCCAACGAUGAAGAUGAUUGCACGCAACACACCGUAUGGGAAACAAGUGAAACAAAUUUAUGUUGUGUAUAUUCUUCUUGGUGUUUUUAUCAUGUCGGGUAUAACUGACACUAUUGGGGUAACGUUCAUGAUUGGACCAUUGAUGUUUGGUCUGAUGAUACCAAGUGGACCUCCUUUGGGAACAAUAUUGGUUGAAAAAUGUGAAGUUAUCAUCUCUGAUUUUCUGUUACCUUUCUUCUUUGCUUAUGUUGGCAUGACCACAAAUCUCAUUGCACUUUACAGUUGGGAAGAGUUUUUAUAUUUGCAGUUUAUCGUAUUUGCGGGCGACGUAGCCAAGGCAGUUGCUUGUGUGUUGGUUUCUAUGGUAUAUAACAUUAAGCCCAGACAAGGCAUGGUGCUCGGUCUCAUGAUGAACAUCAAGGGCAUAACUCACCUUAUAGCUAUUACAAAAUUGAAGAAUCUCAAGCUAAUGGAUGAAGAUACAUACAGUCACUUGGUGAUUUGUGUGGUGGUUACAACCGCAGUCAUCACACCCUUUAUCAAUAAACUAUACAAGCCUCGUGAUCGAGUACGAAAUUCAUCAAGCGAAUUCGACGAACAGAUGAGAACAAUCCAAAACUGUUCAAGACAUUUAGAGUUUCGCAUUGUUACUUGUGUACAUAACGAAGGAAGCGUACGCGGUAUCACUGCUCUAUUAGAAAUUUGCAACCCAGUUCCAGAAAGCCCGAUAUCUGUUUACGUGAUUCACCUCGUCGAGCUUUUAGGAAAAAGCGCACCAAUUUUGCUUCCAAUCAAUCACAGGCAGAAUAAAAAGUUUCUAUCAGUUAAUUACCCCGACACAAACCACAUCAUGCGCGCAUUCGAGAAUUAUGCUAGCAACUCUUAUGGUCCGGUUAUUGUUUUACCAUAUGUCAACGUUGCACCUUACAAGAGCAUGCACGAUGCUGUUAUCAACUUAGCACAAGACAAAAUGGUUCCUUUUAUAAUAGUCCCUUUUCAUGAAAAUGACCAAGUUGAUCUCAACGGACACAUGGCAACUGCGAUUCGAAAACUAAAUACUAGGUUUCAAGCUAAUGUGCCAUGCACGUUAGGAAUAUUGGUGGACAGAUACUCGCGACUUGGAGAGAGUAACGAUAGUGAUAAAUCUUAUUUUCAUGUUGGAGUGUUUUUCAUUGGUGGAGCAGACGACAGAGAAGCAUUGGCUUUGGGAAUUCGAAUGUCGGAGAGGGAAAACAUGAAGGUAUCUUUGUUUCGGUUUGUUGUGUUGAAUAGACAAGAACGUGAAAGUAGUAAAUCUCAAUCAGGUAUAGAAGUUUCGCUAGAGGAGGAGCAAGAUGAAAUUUUGGAUGAAAGUUUAAUUGAUGAGUUUAAGGGAAUGAAAUUUGGGAGUGGGAAUGUUUGUUGGUACGAGGUUGUGGUGGAGGAUGGAGUAGAGGUAAUGAGAGCAAUUCGUGGUUUGGAAGGAGACUAUGAUCUUGUGAUGGUUGGGAGGAGACAUAAUAUUAUAUCUUUGAAAGAUGAAGAAAUGGGAAAUUUCAUAGAAAAUGUUCAAAUAUUAGGGAUAUUUGGAGAUAUGUUAUCAUCAACAGAAUUUUGUAUUGGAAUGGUUCCUGUUUUGGUGACACAAUGUGGUGGGGAUAAAAGGGGAGUAAGUACCAAGCUUGAUAGACUAGGUUCAGUUAAUAUUUCUCAAAGGAGUUUAAUGUUUAAUAAAUAAAUGUUUUUCUCUCUAUCUUUUUAGAUUUGUACACAAAUACCUCAAAGACAAGAGAUAGUGUAAAAUAAAAUUUAGAAAUGUUCAAAUAUAAAAAAUGUUUUUACAAGUGGUCGAUUUGAUGUCAAAAGAUGUGUGGAGUGAAGUCAUUAAAGGGUUGAAGAAGAAAAUAGGCAUGGGAAAUUUGGAGCACUUAAAUUAAGGCGGCGUGUUGUGAAAAUCACAUAAUUCAAAUCCUGUAACCGGUUACUGCGUUUUGGUAACCAAUUUAUCAUUGUAUUGAAAAUUGUCUCUUAGAACAGCUAUAACCAGGUACUGCAUUUUAGUAAUCAAUUACCACUAUGUUGAGAAUUAAUUUUAGAAUACUUGUAACCCAAUUACCAGAAAGUUGUAACCGGGUUAUAGGAAGGCAUUUCUAGUUCUUCAGUUUUUUCUGUUAGUUACUUGUAUCACAAUCAAUUGUAUUUGUGUAUAUAUAUAUACCUUUGAGGUAUCAAUGUAAUGAGAUUAUUGAA